UUCAGCAUUCCUACCCCUUAGUUUAGAAAAACUGUAGGAUGCUUUGUGGAUUUUAUGCAUGUUAAAUGCCCUAGUGAGGCACUAGAAAAUUUCUGAUCAUUGUUGUUUUUCAGAGUUUCCAGGUUGUAGGAACAGUCAUGUGGCCCUUCUACCGAGACACAUGCGUGUCAUAGGUGGCAAAGAUGCACAGCCAGGGGCCUGGCCAUGGAUCGUCAGCAUUCAACUUCCAAACAAACAUGAUAGUCGUCACCAGCAUUCAUGUGGAGGAUCUCUUCUGAAUAAUCAGUGGGUUCUGACAGCUGCUCAUUGCUUCAAGGCAUCCAACAAGAAUCUUCAUGAAUGGCUACUAAUCCUUGGAGGCCAUCAGCUGUCAGUUUUAGGCCCUGAAGCAGAGUCCCGUCGGAUCAAACAUGUUAUUAAGCAUGAGCGCUACAAUCCACGGAGGGAAGAAAAUGAUAUUGCACUAAUUGAAAUGGAUAAACCAGUCGUGACAAGUAAAUAUAUCCAGGUAGCCUGCCUCCCUGAUCAGAAUAUGGAUGUUGAAAAUUUAAUACUAUGCCAAAUUGCUGGAUGGGGAGUCACAGAAGAACAUUCAACUGCUACCGCUGACAUCCUGCAAGAGGCACCAGUCAGUAUAAUUCCACGGGACAUAUGCAACAGCACAGAGUGGUACAACGGUGCUGUAAAUAUCAACAAUCUGUGUGCUGGUAGUGAGAGUGGAGGAGUCGACAGCUGUCAGGGAGACAGUGGAGGACCAUUAAUGUGUAUGGAUCCAAAAACAGGGAUAUAUGUGGUCAGUGGAAUAACCAGCUGGGGUAGUGGCUGUGGACAGAUGAAGAAACCCGGAAUCUAUACAUCAACACAGAGUUUUGUGGACUGGAUUGAAAAGAAAGUGACUAGCCAGCCACAGCAAGAAAAGCAGGAACAUGAGAUUGUUAAUCCUGUUAAACACGAGAAAGAGAUAAAACAUCCAAAGCAAGGAAACCAUGAACAUCACACUUCUACACCUGUUACAGAUGCAAGUAACUGGAUCAAGGAGCUUGACCAAAUCAUUUCACAUGUGUCUGCAGAACCCGCUUCAAAAGAAGGGACAAAACUAAGUAAAGGGAAACACAGGGAGCAUACAGGAGGUUCAGGAACCCAUGGUCAACACAUCAACAGUGGUUUCAAAUUACCUCACAUAACAACCGGAAUGAAUGUUAUUUGGUAUAUUUCUGUAACUUUAAUGCUACUGCAAAUAAUAUAAUUGCAUAAUUAAUGAAAAGAGUUACUGAUUAAAGAAUA